UACGUGGUCAUACCUCCAGUUGGCAUUAAAGCCUUUCAAUGUCUUUGCAGGAUGAAGCCAUGAAAACCACUGAAGAAAUAGCUCUUCAGAUCCUGUUGCUUUGUCAGGUUGGCAUAGGGACUAUAGCGAACAUCCUUCUGUUUGUCCAUAAUUUCUCUCCAUUUUUGACUGGAUGUCAGCUGAGACCCACACAAGUGAUUUUUGCUCACAUGGCUGUGUCCAACACUUUUAUUCUCCUCAUGACUGUGUUUCCAAACAAUAUGUAUGUCACUCAAAGAAAUCCUCUGAAUGACCUCAAAUGCAAACUUGAGUAUUACCUUCGCAUGGUAGCAAGAAGCACAAACUUGUGUUCCACCUGUGUCCUGAGCACCUAUCAGUUUCUUACUCUUGUUCCUGGUAAUUUUGGUGAGCUGAUGCUCAGAAGAAGUCCCAAGGCCAUAAACUAUUCCUGUUGCAGUUGUUGGUUGUUUGGUGUCUUUUAUAAUGUCUAUAUUCCUAUGAAAGUCAGUGGUCCGCAGAACAUACCAAAUGAAACUAGCAUUAAAAGUAAGUGGGUCUGUUUUACCUCUGGUUUUAGUGUAGGAAUUGUGUUCUUGCGGUUUGCCCAUGAUGCCCUAUUCAUCAGCGUCAUGAUCUGGACCAGUGUCUCCAUGGUACUUCUCCUGUACAGACACUAUCAGAGACUGCAGUACAUGUUCACUCCCCAUCAAGUCAACAAAGGCUGUGCUGAGAUCAGAGCAGCCCAUAGCAUUGUGAUGCUUGUGGUCACAUUUGUAAGCUUUUAUCUUCUACACUGUGUUUGCUUUGCUCUUCACAAUUUUUUUGUAGACUCUCGUCUGUGGCUGAGGCAUGUAGGUGAAGCUUUAACUUCAAGCUUCCCCACUAUUUCUCCCUUACUGUUGAUCUUUAGGGAUCCGAGUUAUUCUUGUUCUCUGAUCUUCAACUAUUGA